GCCAUCAGUUUGUGCUAUAUCGCGGUGUGUGGUAGAUGUGUUGACCGAUCUCAAGAUGGUCAAGGCCGUGUUCAAGGUGGUACUCUUCCUGGCGGUGGUCUUCCUGCCGAUCUACUUCUUGUUCCUGGCGCCUCCACCACCGUUGCCAGAGCUCGACCACGACGCCUGGUGGGGACCAGAGAACUUGAAGGCGAAGCAGGAUACCAGCAUCAAGACAUUUAAGGUCAAAUUUGAUAAAGUGCUAGUAAAAGAUCUCCAGGAUCGUCUAAAGUCCCGUCGUCCGUUCCCACCUCCACUACAAAACGUUGGCUUCGAAUAUGGUUUCAACACGAACACUUUGGAGACUUGGCUCCAAUACUGGGCAAAGGAUUACAACUUCGCCGAGCGAGAGGCGUUCUUCAACCAGUACCCUCAUUUCAAGACCAACAUCCAAGGAUUGGACAUCCAUUUCCUCAGGGUGACUCCUCAGGUACCCGAGGGUGUCCAAUUAGUGCCCCUUCUCCUCCUACAUGGGUGGCCAGGAUCCGUCCGAGAGUUCUACGAGGCCAUCCCUCUACUAACUGCUGUCAGUAAGGACAGGGACUUUGCGCUGGAGCUCAUCAUCCCCAGUCUUCCAGGCUAUGGGUAUUCUUCUCCAGCAGUUCGUCCUGGAAUGGGACCUUCAGAGAUAGCUCUGAUCAUGAAGAACCUGAUGCAUAGACUCGGCUUCAAGAAGUUUUACGUACAAGGCGGUGACUGGGGCAGUCUUAUUGGAUCUCAUAUGUCUACCUUCUUCCCUGAGGAGGUGCUAGGGUUCCACUCCAACUGCAUCUUCCUGAUGAGCCAGAAGACCUCUCUCAUUACCAUUCUUGGCUCCAUCUACCCCACCCUGAUUAUGGACGAGAAGUACGUGGAUAGACACUAUCCCUUGUCUGAAUACUACAGCAACCUCAUUGAAGAGAUGGGCUACAUGCACAUACAGGCUACCAAGCCUGAUACUGUUGGUAUCGCCUUACUGGAUUCUCCUUCUGGUCUUCUCGCCUACAUCCUGGAAAAGUUCUCGACCUGGACCCGUUUGGACCACCGGAGCAAGGUGGACGGAGGCCUGGAGUUCAGGUUCACCAAAGACCAGCUUCUCGACAACCUGAUGAUGUACUACGCGCCUAAGAGCAUUACAACUUCGAUGCGGUUGUACUCGGAGUAUUUUAACAAGAGAGGAAUGGAGAUGAAGAUGGAUGAGAUCCCUUCACCAGUCCCCGUCUGGGUGGUCCAGGCUAGACACGAGCUGGCCUACCUUCCCCCCUGGCUGAUCAGGUUCAAGUUCCCCAACCUGGUGAAUGCCACCCAUCUGGAUGAUGGAGGCCACUUCUUAGCCUUCGAAACCCCUACACCGUUCUCAGAGGACGUCCUAAAUGCUAUCACAGCUUUCAGGAAGCUACAGAAGAAGGAGAGCAAAGAAGAGCUGUGAUGACUUGAUAGAUUUAGGUUUUGAAAGUUAUUUUUUUAAUAAAGUUUUGUUUUUGACA